CACACACAGCCCAGCACUACUGCUCCGUUGCAUCAUCACCAUUCCCGCUGUCCGCUGCUGUGGGCUGGUGUGGGUUAUUGGGUCGCUGCUGGUGCUGCUGGUGCUGGUGUGGGCUGCUGCAACGCGGCCCCCAGCUGCUGCCAUGUGAACUGGCAGUCGGCAUCGCCCAGAUGGGCGUUGAAGCCCUUGACCACCGCCCCAUCCGCCAGCCCCCACUUGGCCGCCUCGUCCAGCCUGGCCCGAUGCACCACCUCACGCAGGCCCACGUGACCAUGCGUGUGCACCACCUCGGGCGGACGGCUGUCGACACCCUCCAGCACGAAGCACUGCAGCUGCGGCACACGCACCACCUGGCCGCCCACAUCGGCCGUCCCGCCCACCACCUCCCUGUUGCUGCUGGCCUGGUACACUGCCGACUUGACGAAGCGCACCGCUGCCGCACACACACGGCGGGCCAAUUCCGUCUGCCGCACAGACUCGCCGAUGGCCUCUGUGGUGGCCGAUGCCGCUGCGUCCGCGUCAAAGAGGUAUGACGCGAUGCGCCAGCCGAAGAUGGGGGCCUCUUGCGGGCCGACGGCCAGCCGGGGGGUCAGGAGGGCCGCGAGUGAGCGGUGGGGGCUGAGGGCGGCGUUGACGGCCGCCAUGACGCAGAGACCCAGCUCGUUGAGCACCGUGGUGUACUCGGUCAGCACCAGCUGGCGGCGACGGCGGCGCCCCUCUGUGUCUGUGGGGAUGCUGCUGAUGUCGGCCCCGGCCCGCAGCAGGCUGCGGAUGAUCCGCUUGUAGUUGUCCAUCUCGGCGCGAAUCUUAUUCCUGUUGGUCUUGGUUGUGUCCGGGUCCUGAAGCAGUUGAGUGCGGAGAUCGACCACUACAGCAGCCCGGGCCAGGGGCGUGCUGCUGUAGUGGUCCCGUCUGUUGAUGUCGGCAGCUGGCAGCUUGCGGCCGAGGUAGUCGGCCACGUAGGGAGAGCCAUUCAGUGCCGCGCUCUGCAGCGGCGUCCAUCCACCGCCGUCGGCUGCCGUCAUGUCGGCCCCGUUGGCCGUGACGAGGUCCAGGUAGCUGUCGAUGAACGACUGGGGGUAGUGGCCGCGUGCCUUCAUGGCUGCCAUGUGCACCAGGUUGACGCCGUGGUCUCGUUGGGUGGCGAGGGUGCGGUCUCGUCGGACGAGUCGCCGAUACAUCGACAUGAGCACCUGCAGAUACUCGGUGGGAGGCAAGAGAGAACAAAGAGGCAAGAGAGAACAAACAACGUUAUGUGCAUCCAUCGCAUGGACCACUGUUGGUGUUGAUGAGUGCCUCACCGGUUCGUACUCAUUCGCCGCCUGCGGACCCUCCUCACCGUCGGCCGUCUCGUGAGCCAUUCCUGAACACCGCCACAUAAAUCGACCAAGCAGGUCUGAGUGUGCUUCUUGUGUGUGUGUGGAACGGUCUGUGUGGCAUGGCUUGUAACUCACCCCUAUCGACGCCGUCGAGAUCUAGUUGCUCCGCCUGCCCACUGCCACUAUGCUCCUCCUCAGCUACAUCGUCUGCACACACCAUCGAAGGCACGCACACACAUACACAAUUGCGAGGAUGGUGUGUGUGUUUGAUGUGUCAGAUUCAUUUGUGUGUGGCAUACCCGCGUUGCCACCGUCACUGUCCGCCAUGGCAGCGGAGGCCAUCUGGGUAUCGUCACUCAAACACCAACAGCUGCACCGACCCCACACAGAGAGGCAACAAGAGAUGGGCAGACACCUGCUGCAUGUGUCGUGUGUGUGCUCGCCCACCUAACUAUGAGUCAAGUGGUAGAAAGGCCAAUCAGUCCGCCCCGUCAAUAAGGCCGACCUGCACAACACCACACCGGCAUCCAAAGGCGCAAGCCACAUUGUGACUCGUGCUGAGCCAAUCGCAUUGCACUCACCGCCGGAUGAGAGCUGCUAAGCCGCGCGAUUAUCAAUUCGCUCGUCAGGCAGGCCAGCAGAUCUGUCUCCACUGCCGCCAGACGAGAAACGUCUUAAGAAUGAUGGAUGGAGUGGAUGGAGGGACUCGUCCACUUCUCUGUUUGUCACAGCGGCUCACGGAGGCCCUCUUAGCAGCG